CCAGAACAUGUUAACAUAAUCGAGACCAUGAGAGCUCGUGCGCGCUCGCUGAUAUCCUGCCAUCGACAUGAUCCGCACGCAUAGGCCUCGCGGAUAUCAGUGGACGACGGCCAGCGAGUUUCAGCAAACAGAGCUCUUCCGGAAUAUACGCUAUGAAGAUGCAGAAUGCGUCGACGACGAGGUGCUGCGCUCGGACUCGGAUGAUGAGUUUCCACUAUCAGACCGCAUCUUGAAGCGUCAGCGGGUGGAGAAGUUGGCCGAUGGACUUCUCAAUGGCGAAGAACUCCAUAUCCAUUCUGCGCGAAUCGACGCACAACACGUGCUUCAAAGUCUGUCUUGCUGCUUUCAUAAGCCGAAGUGCAUCGCACAGGCGAUCGCUGAGGCCGACUGGGACGAAGGGUCGGACGAUGAAUGGCAUGAUGUAGAGGACGACUGGGCAUUCUUGGAACGACAAUUUCCCAGGCCCAGGAGCGCUGCUGACCUGCCAGGCGAAGAUGUUUCUGCAUCGAGCGAAGAAGAGGUGUCUAUCGAGGUGCAACAGUCCAGCUGCCAACGCCGCAGAAGUCAAAGAAUCGCCAAAUUAAUUGCUAUCGCGCCUAGCGAGGAUGCAUUGCGCAAAGCAGCCACUCUACGGAACAGAAAGUAUGAUAUUGCCGAGCCUGUCGCUGUCGAGGAGUCUAUACCUCAGCCGUGUCCAGAAUCUGUCAUUGCGGACAGCCAAUUCGAUUGCUCUCCAGACGAGGAAUUGGUCUCCGAAUGCGGCCCUUCGCCUACACCAGCAUGGACGAGCGCGAUGUGGCGUUCAAAGGGUGGCUUCAGACCAGCACGAAAGCCUCGUCCCGUUCUCAAACCUGUUGAUCAAGAUUGCAGUCGAGAUGAGCUUGCUCUGUCCUCUUUCGGCGCUCCUUCACAGCCUGUUGGCAAUACCAAACCUUCAGAUCGGGCUACUGAACACGAUGCCGUCGCGCAUGACAGUCAGAAUAACGCAGUCGUUGCUCUGCUUUCCAGUUCUUCAGGCUCAGACGACCAAUACGGCAACGAUUCGCGAGCGAUCAGAGAGACCAGAUCCGCCGGAGGAACACCAGUCAUACCCAGCUUACAGCUGCAGCAGGAUGUCAACCGACGGCGCUCUGCCCCUUCACAAUCUCAGAAGAUUGCUCAGAUACAUGGCGACUCCACGGAAGGGCAACGACAGAAAGUCCGUGGUGGCGCAGCGCAGUAUAACGAAUCGGUGGGCGUUAGAGGCUGCUCGCCAUUCCUGUUUCGCAAACGUGCUUUGCGAUCCAACAAUGGCUACCAGUCUCCACUCGACGUGAGUGAGCUACGGCAAAUGUCUGCACCAGUACCAGCUCCUGCAAAGACGCCUAGCAAGCUGGUUCACUUCGAAUCAUGCGUUCUGCCUCCAUCUCCGCAAGAAUCGCAGACCCCCUUGAUGGAUGAGCAUGUCAAUCACCGGCUGCCGCAGGAAAUCUCCUCUGGUCGACGCUCGGUCUCGCUAAGAUCGUCGCUUCGUCAAGAAAUGAUUGCUUCGGGUGCCGAAAUUUCUCGUGUUGAAGCAGAUGAGUCCCCGCAGCCUGCCGAGUCAACGAGUCCAGAGAGUAGGCAAGAACAUCUGGAGCUCAGUGUAGUGGAGGAUUCGUUUGCAGGCCUUGAAGAACCGGGCAAUGACAAUUCGAUGGUGGCGCAAUCAGUAGAUCAGCAACCCGAACCUCAGCAGCUAUGGCCCGGGACUCAAGCUAUGCUCGCACAAGCACAGCACGAGCUGUUCACGUCUCCUGAGAAGACCGACUCUGCCAUCUAUCUAGGCGACGCGACUACUCCUCAGACGCAACCCAAUACCGGGGUACGUCGACGCCGUCCACUGGGUGCGCUUUCUCAAGAGCCCAUGCCCAGCACUCAGGCCCUUCUGCAAGACUGGCAAGGUUGGUCAAGCAUCAAGAAGCCAAGGCAGCCCGGCACGACAGGAGAUAAUUUUCAGUCGCCGACAGUCCUCAAAAGUACAAUGAGCAAGUCUGCAAUUAGCCAUGUGCGCUCGUUCGAGGACAAAGCAAAACGGCGAAGCAGCCUUCGAUUCGCCAUGUCACUGUCGCAAGACUCACCCGAAGCUGCUAUCACCCCGGCAAAGCCUUCUUCCAUGCCCGCCCAGUCCGUCGAUAUGGUGCCCCGAACUGCAGAACAAGCUGCACCAACGACAUGGCCGAGGCCAAGCGGAAAGAUUGCCUCUUCAGCUUCAUUCAGUGUUGGCGUCUCGUCUCUGGCAGUGGCAUCUUUCCGAUCGCAGCCAAGCUUGGACACGGAUAGAAACGAACACGACCCGUUCAAGGAUAGAACAGUCCUCGCUGAUUCGACCACAGUCAGCCUGAGCUUCGGCGCCCCUCAAGAAUCUUCUGUGCACAGCAUACGAAUCAAAUCGGCCUCGCAGCCAGCACCAGACCUCGAGCCAAUUGCCCAGUCACACACAGAAGACAAGCCAGCAUGGCGUUCGCCUGAAGCUGUCAAGAUGCCGGAGCCUGCGGCGCAGAACGAAGAGACUGUGUUCAGUGAGUUGAGUUUCGGUCCACCCAAUGUUCAGCUCGACAGCUUUGGAGAGCCUUUGCCCAGCUACUUGGCAGUGCAACACGCGCAGCAAAUGUCAGAUUGCGAUUCACAGGAGUUGCGAUCAACAAUGAAUAGUAUUGUGGAGAAUGUGCUUGGCCCUGCUGCGAGUUUUAGUUUCUGAGCAGAGGAGAGAUAAUUUGGUGAUCGCUUGACUUUCUAAGAGCCGUUUCUGGAAAUGUUAGCUCGAAUGAGAC